AUGACUACAAGUGAGCAGUUUGACUACAUUAUUGUCGGUGGUGGUACAGCUGGCUGUGUCCUAGCCUCACGGCUGAAGCAAUACAAUUCCUCUUUGUCGAUCUUGCUUAUCGAAGCCGGCCCUGAUGCCAGCAACCACCCCCUCGUACCAGACGGAAGUAAAGCCACUCAGUUACUGGGAUCAGAGCUUGAUUGGACAUACGAGACGGUGCCGCAGAAACAUCUUUCUGAUCGUGUACUCUCGAAUCACGCGGGGAAGGCUCUGGGUGGUAGUACCACAAUCAACAGUGGCGGAUGGAUGCGGGGUACAAAAGAAGACUAUGACCUCUGGGCCAGCUUAGUCGGUGACUCUCGAUGGAGCUACCAAGGUCUCCUGCCUUAUUUCCGGAAGCUUGAGCAUCACUUCGAUCCUUCGGCCGACCCCGAAGUUCAUGGCUUUGGUGGCUCUAUCAAAACUGAGUCCGUUUCGUCUACAGGCCGCAGGUACCCUCUUCGUCAAAUGGUGCAAGAGGCCUGGAAUUCCGUCGGUGUAAAAUAUAACCCCGAUAUCAAUUCCGGCAGUCCUUUUGGGCUGGCUGAUGUUGUUGAGAAUCGCGAAAACGGGAUGCGACAAAUGUCGAGCUCCGUUUAUACGCUAGAUGUGGAAAUCAUGACUGAAACUCUGGUCAAGCGAGUGCUAGUGGAGGAACGUGGGAGUCAAAAGGUUGCAAUAGGUGUAGUAUUGGAGGAUAAGGACGAAAGCCAGAUCAUGGCACGUCAAGAGGUUAUUAUUGCUGCGGGCGCAUAUCGUACCCCCCAGCUCAUGAUGCUGUCGGGUAUUGGCCCAGCGGAAGAAUUACGAGCAUAUGGGAUCAAUGUUGUCCUUGAUCUUCCGGAUGUGGGCCGUCACUUUGCGGACCAUGUAGCUGUCUCGCAAUGGUGGCAGUUGAAGCACCCAGAGAAUGGGCUAGCAUUCGGAUCACCCGCCUUCACUGACCCAGCUUUCUUCCGGGGAAAUCCCAUUGACUUUGUGGCCUUAGAUUCAGUGCCUCUCGAUGGCCUUCGGCAAGCACUGGUCAAGGACGACCCCAAUUGCAACCCAGAUGAGCAUCCGCUUAUUACCUCCCAGCGCGUGCAUGUGGAAACCUUUACCGUCUAUGUGGCGCACAACGCUCAGGACCCUAGCAUCGCAGUGGACGGUACACAUAUUACGACAGGCGUGUCCUGUAUGCUUCCAACUUCUCGGGGCAGCAUCAACUUAGCAGAUCGAGACGUCCGAAGCGCACCUCGUAUCGAUCCUAAUUACUGUGCUACUGAGGCUGAUCGAUAUGUCCUGCGGGAGGGACUUCGGAAAUUGCGAGAAGUCUUAUGCGAUACUCCAGCGGGACAGAAAAUGAUUCUUUCCGAAACAGUUGAAGAGAAAUAUCAGCCCUUAGGUCCUGAUACGGGUGAUGAAGCCAUCGAUGAUCUCAUCCGUCGCCGAGCUGCGACGCUGUACCAUCCUACGGGCGGUGCUUGCAUGGGCAAAGUGGUUGAUGGUGAUCUGCGUGUCAAAGGGAUCGAUGGGUUGCGAGUUGUCGAUGCGAGCGUAAUUCCGACUCCAUUGAGCACACAUAUACAAGCGUGUGUGUAUGCGUUGGCUGAGCAAGCUGCGGAUAUUAUCUCGGGUGUUUGUAGUGUCUGA